AUGAUGAAGGGAUUCAAAAACCGUCUCACGAGGAGCAAGAACCAGUCGUCGAGAAAAAACGACAAGAAGGACAAGGACAAGUCGGACGCUUCCUCUUCCUCAGCCUCAUUCAAGGACAACCUCUCUCGCAAGUCGCUGCUGUCGUCAUUAUCGGGAACGACGUCCAAUACAAAUAACCACAGGUCAAACAGCUCGUCUUCUUCGAUCAACUCUGCGGGCUCUGCUAGCCCCAAGAAGGAGGCACUACCCGUGCUGGACGCUGCGAGCGGGACAAAGUCUCCUCUGGAGCAGCCGGGAGCCAAUAAAGUGAAUCCGGCUGCUGUCGAGCAAUUUGGCGCUACGGGGACCACUAGUGGCUCUGCUAAUGCUGCUGGUUCGUUCGCUUCUGCCAGCUCUCCUGCUGGCCACCACGCCUAUCACGCCGACUCAAGCUCUCCCAUCGCGGGCAACUCCGCUUAUGGUGGCCUGGUUGCUGGAAUCCCUCAUGAUAACAGGUUGGCGAGCCACUCGCACCAGCUGUCUCAUCCCGGUGCUUUAAAUCCCAACAUCUCCUCUCCAAACAGGGAGUCCUUCGACAUAGACCUCAUUGUCACGCCAAAGAGACACAGCUCUUCCCGUUUUGAGCCCACCACAAGCGACCGCCGCGAGAUCGUCAAGCUCCCUAACUUCGACGAGGUAGCUCCAGAAGAGCAAAUCUCUUUAUUCAUCCAGAAAGUUGACCAGUGCAACAUCAUUUUUGAUUUUAGUGACCCUACUCAUGACAUCAGAGGCAAGGAAAUUAAGCGCAUCACUUUGCAAGAGCUUAUCCAGUUCAUUGUCAGCAAUCGUUUCAAUUACACCGACGAAAUGUACAAACACGUCAUCGAUAUGUUUAAAAAGAAUUUAUUCAGACCUAUCCCACCUCCAGUGAAUCCAGUGGGCGAGAUUUAUGAUCCUGACGAAGAUGAGCCUGUCAGUGAAUUGGCAUGGCCCCACAUGCAACUGGUGUAUGAGUUCUUCUUGCGUUUCGUUGAGAGCGCUGACUUCCAUCAUCAAGUGGCUAAACAAUACAUUGAUCACGAUUUUAUCUUGAGAAUCUUGGAGUUGUUUGAUAGUGAAGACCCCAGGGAGCGUGAUUGCUUGAAGACUACCUUACAUAGAAUCUACGGUAAGUUUUUGAGCUUACGAUCCUUCAUCAGGAAGUCCAUCAACAAUGUGUUCUUGCAAUUUGUUUACGAGACCGAGCGAUUCAACGGUAUCGGGGAACUCUUGGAGAUAUUGGGCUCAAUCAUCAACGGAUUUGCUCUACCCUUGAAAGAAGAGCACAAGAUCUUUUUAAUCAAGGUCUUAAUGCCGUUGCAUAAGGUCAAAUCGUUGUCCUUGUAUCACCCACAGUUGGCUUACUGUAUUGUUCAAUUCUUGGAGAAGGAUCCCACCCUCACUGAAGACGUCAUUAUGGGCUUACUCAAAUACUGGCCUAAAAUCAACUCUCCCAAGGAGGUCAUGUUCCUCAAUGAAAUCGAGGAUAUCUUUGAGGUCAUGGAGGCUAAUGAAUUUGUCAAGAUACAAAUCCCCCUUUUCGCUCAAUUGCUGAAAUGCAUAUCGUCAUCCCACUUUCAGGUCAGUGAAAAGGUUCUAUGUUUUUGGCAAAACGACUAUUUUUUGACCCUCGUUUCUGAAAAUGCAGAGGUUGUUCUUCCGAUUAUAUUUUCAGCGUUGUACGAAUUGUGCAACGCUACUCAACCAGGUAGUGCAAAUGGUCAACUUCAACAGAAACUUCUUGAAAACCCCAAUGCGCUCACUGAUGCCAAUGGUAACCUCGUUGACAAUGGACUUAUGCUUAAUGACAGCUACGAGAACAAUGGUCACGGCCAUCCACGUGAAGGUGGGAAUUUAGAAGAAUCUCAAAUGAUUAACGAUAUGACCGACGAAGAGUAUUAUGAUUCAUUCUCCACGCCGCAACAGAAUAUGGAAAUGGAAGAGUAUGGUGGAAUUCCACCUCAUAACCUGGCAACAUCCAACUGGAAUAAGAGUAUUUAUCAGCUUGCGUUCAGUGCGUUGAAGGUGUUCAUGGACCACAACCCGAUCUUGUACGAUCAUUGCACAAUGUUGUAUCACCAGUCACUUGAAGAACUGAAGGCACGUGAGGAGUCAAGAAAGGAGGGAUGGAGAAGAAUCGAAGAGUACGUCAAGAUGUGCAAGCAAAACGGCCAACUCCCUGGACAAGGAAAGGACUCGCAAGUGAAUGCGCGUUAA